AUGCGAAGCCAGCGUGCAAAACAUUCGCCUUCACUCACCAUUCUCAUUUUGCCCUCUCACAAGUCGGUGGGGCAUUGCCCCACGUCCCAACAAAUCCUGGGAGACUCAUCAACCGAACGUACAGCUAAAAGCCCAGAACCUGAGCUUACGGAGGUGAUCGUCAUGGGGCAAGAAGAGGAGGCUCCCGCAUCGAUGUUACGCCUUAUCGGUUUGGUGGCGGCAUUCGCGAUGGCAACAGUGCUUCUGUACUUCAUCUGGAGCAUCGCACCUCCUUCAGAUUCACCUACGGCCUUGGCGUUCCCGAAAGAUCUUGAUGCCCUCCGAGAGCUGGCCGAUUUGCUUGAGCACUACAAGAACGCUCAUCUACUGUAUACUCUUUCACUUUUCGGCUAUGCCUAUCUGUACAAACAAACGUUCGCCAUUCCAGGAUCUUUUUUCUUG